AUGUUUUGUACAACAGGGCAAAUAGGUGGAGAAGGUGAAAACCAGGAGGAUAAAAAUGAGGCUGAGCAGGCGGAACAAGAACGCCUAGAUGCACUACGAGAAGCUGAGGAGAGGAGGAAGGAGAAACACAGAAAAAUGGAAGAAGAAAGAGAAAAAAUGAGACAGGAAAUAAGAGAUAAGUAUGGGAUUAAGAAGAAAGAAGAGAAAGAGGCAGAGAUGAACCAGGCUAUAGCAGAAGGUAGUCUCAACCGUAGAAAGAAAACCCCAGCUGAGAUCGCUGCAGAGCAGGAAGCUGAAGAACAGGAUGACUUCACUAAGCUGAAGAACACAUUGGAGACGCAAGUAAACGAACUCAAGACCACCAUUGAAGGAAAAUGUGUGCUACAGUGAGGGGGCGCCACGAGCUAUGCAAUGUCCGAUUGUUCUGUUGAUGCCUGUAGUGUUGCAUGCAAAUCAACCAUCUUAGCUCCUGCCUUCUCUCAAUGUAAGCCUUCUGGCGCUUGGAGGAACCAGCUACUGUACCCGUUCAAUACUCCAGUCCCCAGAUCGAAAUUUCCGCUUAGUCAGCAGUAUUUCACUAAUCGAGUUUUUGGUUAUCCAUUUUACAGAAUUAAGUCCACUUAGGAACAAGAUAUUGUACGUAGUUUGGCAAGGUGCCCAGAAAUCGUUAGGCUUAAGCACAGAGAAACUGCGGAUUUCAUCAUUUAUGCCCUAAUCUCUCGGACUAUUUGAUUGAAUCUUAUGUGGUUGUUUUAGCAUUUUUUUUCUUUUUACAAAAUGUGAAUACGUUCAUUUAUCAAUACAAUAAUCACACGCUAUUUGUGAGUUUAUUUGUUUUUUGCUAAGUGUUUUACAUUACCGUAUGUGAUCUUUAACCAACAUAAAUCUUAAGCUAGUAGUUUAAAAAGUAGCUUAAGCCUAUCAAUUUCUGAGAAAUUCAAAAAAAAAAAAACAUUAGUGGCUAGCUUCUUCAAGCGCCAUCUGGUGGCCAUAAAUGAUCAGCAAACCUUCUCCGAGUGGAUGCUCGUUAGGAGGGUUACCCAAACAACGAAUUUUUCUAGUGUUAAUCUAAGAACUGUGAGCACUUUCAUCACUUAACUGUAGAGAAACUAGUGGAACUCUUGUUAAACAGCGGACUUUUCAGGAAUUAUUACAAGGCUCUCCCGCCAUCUGGUGCCAAGUUCAAGAAACGAGCACAUUUGUGCUUCACUCAGCAAUAGGACAAAACGAUGACGUCAUUACACAUUUAGCAAACGAAAAUGAUGCGUGGAAGAAGUAAAAGGGUUUUUGCAUAAUUGUUUAUAAAUCAGUUUUUUCUUAUCGUGUUUCCUCCAUAUGAUAUUGCGUUGUUUCGAUUGAUAUAGGGUAUUUCAGUAAAUAUUAAGCUUUUAAAAUAGCGAAAUAACCAUAGCCGUUUAUACGUUACUUUCGCUCUGCGUUUUGAAUUCUAAAACAAAACUGAGAGAAAUAAUGAUUUAUUAGUUUUACAUAGCAUAUCAAAAACAGUGAAAGAUUUGAGUAGUUUCGAAAUCAGGGGGGAGGGGGGCCUUAAGCUAGCUUCAUCACUUGGUUAAUCAGAACUGUAACAGAAAAAAAAUAACUUGCACUCCCCAUUAUUUAUCAGAGUAAAAUGUGACAAAGCAGUCUAUGCAUCAACAGAGUUUGUUUUUGCAUAUUUAACUAAAUCUUUGUGGUGUGAAAGCCUUUUUAAAGCUGGCGAAGUAAGACUAUAAUUAAUUAUAAUUGCCAUAAGACACUAGUAUUAGGCUUGAAAAAGGCGUUCGCACUAUAUCAAUAGUUAUGGUAACAAAUGGCUUAUAUAAGUAGUGUUUCGACCACUUUUAUAUUUGUUGUAUCACAGCCUGAAGAGCUUUGGAUUGAGCGAAACGUGUCGUCCACAACGGACAUAGCGAAUAUAGUGUGGUUGGAACACUCUUCUAAUUCUUGAAAAUCCCUUAGGGACUAGAUAAUUUGUUGUAUCCCAGCCUGAAGAGCUUUGGAUUGAGCGAAACGUGUCGUCCACAACGGACAUAGCGAAUAUAGUGUGGUUGGAACACUCUUCUAAUUCUUGAAAAUCCCUUAGGGACUAGAUAAAAAGUAUGUUGUUUAAAAAUGUAGUAGGCCUGAUACUAAUGUCUUAUGACAAGUAUAGUCAACCUAAAUCUUCAUAAUUAAUAAUCUACACAUAAACAACCACAAAUGUUCGUUCGUUAGUACUUAUAUCUCAGAAUAAAAAGUAAAUAAUCAUCACCUGGCUCUAUCACAAUAGAAUACGAUUUGAAAAUUAGUGAAAACAGAACUGAUUUUAAACAUGUUAAAAGCUCAGAAGUCAUUACUUGGUAAACUGGCAAUUAACACUGUGCUAAUAUUUAACAGUGUGCUAAUACCUUUAUUUUUAAUCAUUUUUAUUUCAUUCUAUAAUCCUUAUUUUCAUGGUUUCUAAUUUGUUCAACGUCUGUGUUUUAUCUAUUUCUAUUCCGAAUCCUUCUCUGUCCACUCACUCUUGAAUAGUUACUGAUCAUUAGUGGAAUACAGAUCCUUUUCAUGAUUUUUAAGUCGGCAUUGUUGUAAGUAUUAUUACAGAUUUCAAGGUGUGUUAUUUAAUAUGGUUGUAGAGGUUGUUUCGUGUUUCAUUUAGUUAGUGUACAAAUCCUGAUUGAUAGGAAAACGCUUUUAAGUGAUAUGUACCUAAGAUUGUCAAAAGGGGGCGCUAUAUGGCGUAUUGCUGUUGUUGUGUAGUUAUACGUUCCUAAUAUUAGAAAUCAUGGCUCCGAAACUUAAUUCUAAGUUCACACACAAAAAAGAACAAUAAAUACCUAUACUUUCUCGUUUAACUUACGAAUUACAGAUAAUGUAAGCGAUACAUUUUUCUUUUUAGGUGUAACAUACCGAAACUAAUACAUAAACUUGUGAUCUGUAUUUAUGUAAUCUUAAACCCAGGGCGAUUAGUCCGCUGGAAAUUAGCAUUCAAAACAGCAAGAGUUGUGCAUUAUGUGUUUCUGUUAUAGUGAAAUUUAAAACAAAAAAAAAUCUCAUGAAAGGGAUUUAGAUUUCUUUUCCUCCCUAGUCUAUGUUUUUGUUGUUUCGUGUUUUUUUAUACUAAAUACGUAAGGAAUCAAAAUCUCAUUAUGUUUUACACUGGAAAAAUUAUUUCAAUCGAAAACGUUCCUGUUAUUUUUAAAAGAUUGUUGUAAUAAUUUUGUUUAUGACACUAGUUUAAAAUGAGAAAAUGUUUUUUUAUUACAGAAAUGUGAUUAUUUGAAAACCCCUGAUAUUAUGAGGUUUCAGUUUCGUUUUCUCGUCAUGAUCUUGUAUCUAACAUUAUUUAGUAAUUGGACAUGCCUAAAAUUUUCGAUUGUUACUUGCUGCUACCGUUGUUUAUUAAAUACUGCUGUCGUUUUUCUAGUUGAAUCGUUCACUUGCUAUUGGUAUAAGUUUGUUAACAGUUUCUUUUUUAAAAUGUUUCUUAAAUCCAAGUACGUGGGCGAAAUCUUAGAAUACACACUGGAGCUUGUGGUAAUGUUUCUACAAUUCGGUUUGACCCAAGACUGUUAGUUUGCAGGUUUUAAAUUCACGACAUUUACCGUAUAUUUGGGAGAUAUUCACAGAGGAAUGGUUUCGGGCCAUCAUUUUGACCAAAAAAUAUUCAACUGUUUUCAAAAAUAUCAACUCGAACGUCGACUAUAUGUCAUGAGCAAGUCAACUUUAUGUGGGAGGCUCCUUCAGUAAUGCCUGAUUCAGAUCAUCGAACUGACUUUUGGUAUUUUCUUAGAUCUGCAGGUCGUUUCGGCCAACGUAGCGGAUAGGCGCUGUCUGUAGUAUGUAGCUCACUUAAGAUGUUCAUGAUGUAUGUCAGAUUUAUCGUAAAAAUCGCUUGUGUAGGGGGGUAUGUUCGGUUUCCUCAAUACAUCGGCUUGCUGUUUGAUCUUACAUUAUUGAACAGCCGUAUUUUCCCCCUUCACUAUCUUUCUCUAGGUAUAUAUAUAUACACACCCAUAUGUGUGUGUGUAUAUAUAUAUAUAUAUAUAUGUAGUUAUACAUACACAUUUGUAGCCACAAAUAUAAUCGGAUAUUGUAUAUUUGAAAUAUAGUGAAACAAGUUAAUUUAUAGUAGUCUUAGCAGAGGUUAUGUAGCUAUUGUAAUUAUGGCUUUCUUGUUCUCAUCGAUUUGAUGAAUACCAGUUGCGAGGAACGUUUCCACUUUUAACCACAGUGGACGUUUCUAGCCUUCAGAGCUGGGUCUGUCGACCACCAUUGUUUGCAAUAAUUAACCAGAGUGGACGUUUCUAGCUUUCAAAGCUAGGUUUGUCACCCACCAUUAUUUGCAACAAUUAACCACAGUGGACAUUUCUAGCCUUCAUAGCUGAGUCUGUCAACCACCAUUGUUUGCAACAAUUAGCCACAGUGGACGUUUCUAGCUUUCAAAGCUAGGUUUGUCACCCACCAUUAUUUGCAACAAUUAACCACAGUGGACAUUUCUAGCCUUCAUAGCUGAGUCUGUCAACCACCAUUGUUUGCAACAAUUAGCCACAGUGGACGUUUCUAGCCUUCGUAGCUGAGUCUGUCAACCACCGUUGUUUACAACAAUUAGAUUGUCUAAUGUAUCUCCAUUCGAUUCGGGAUCUUUACAACGAACUAUAGAAGUUUGUCGUGUGUGUGUGUGUAUUGUAUUAGGUGAGUGUCUGUAUACAUUUCUAGCAAAUCUGUUCAUACAUAUGUAAUGGAACGCCCUCUUUUAUUCCGAUUUCUCAAUAAAAACAUCUUGAAAUCGCU